AUGCCCGAUGAAGUAUCGUACCAGGUGUUUAACUAUGUGGCGGACGGCUUCAUCAACGUGCCAGUUGCCGGUCGGGAGGAGGAGAAUACGUGCGAGCACGUCUGCCGGUGGAUCUGCCAGCAGCUAAAGAUUAAACCAGUCGUCUUUGCGCUGGUCGGAUUGCGAGUGCAUGGGGAAAAAUGGUUUCUGGCAGGAUGCUGUCGUCCGUCGGCGGACAAGAAGUACGACUUUCGGCUUCGAUUCAAGGUUCCCGAUCUGUCCUGUCUGAAAGCGCUCGACCAAGAGCUGUUCAACUACUACUACAGCCAGCUCCGGUACGACCUGCUGCACAACCGCAUCCCGGAGAUCGACUACCGGAAGUACAAGAACAAAAUACUCGGCUAUGUUGUGAACGAUAUGUACCGGAAGAUGAUCGAGGAUAAGGUCGGCCUAAACGAGCUGAAGCGCGACUUCGAGAAGUACAUCCCGCGCAAGAUUAGCCGCGAACAUUCGGUGUGUUUCGUCAAUGUGGCACAGAAGCGAAUAUUCGAAUCACUCAACUCGAUCCAAAACCGAGAUCACGACGUCAACUACGUGAAGAAUGUGUAUAUCAACGAUAUCGACAACAUCGCGCCGGGCUAUCUGUAUGAGGAGUAUACGGCCGAAAUUCAGUACCCGCGCGGUGAGUUCAGUUCACGGACCGGUAAGUGCCCGGUAAAGCUACGGUUUCAACCUUACGGCACGGUGCCAACUACACGCGACACAACCAAGUACGGUUCCACCGGUGGUGGACUGGAGCGAACGUUGGAGCAUGAGGAAGCAACGACAACACCCGGCCUGAAGGUGUUCUACGCCAGCAAGUGGCAACAUGUGACGAAUAUCGAUGAAAUACUUACCAUACUGGUGGAAAAGCUGACGGUGAAACUCGCCCUGGAAGACCAGUCCGAACCAUACUGUAUAGACUUUCAUGAUCAGACUGAAUUGAACUCUUUCGUAACCUGUCUAGCCGGUUACUAUAGGUUAAUGUGCAAAUGGACCGUGUAUCUAUGUCAGGACUACCUUUCAUCGCCGAUGCUCAACCUGCUGAAAGAACUCAAGUGCCACGGACCCAUCGGCGGAAAAUAUUCCACCGACAAAAUUCGGGAAAAGAACAGUAGUUGCGGCGCAUGCAUUAUACGUCAAUGCGAGGAGCGGUACGAUACGUACUAUGUCGAUAUGCUAGAAACCGAUGGACUGAUAAAAACGUACAAGCUUAUUCACGUCGAAGAUCAGUGGCACGUGCAGAGCGAGCAGGAGGAACAGGUAAACCGCUACAACCAGCUGACAGAAGCGCUGAAAAACCUCAACCCAGCGAUAACGAGCGUGUAUCGGUUGCCGCCGUCUGACAACGAUACCGCCCCGAAUCUACUACUCUGCCGGCCAACCCAAAAGACCUCCCCGAAACGCUUGUUGCGUGGCGGUACGCAAGAGCUGGGACAAAAACGGGCCUGCAUUAUCAAUGCCGCCAAGGAGCUGGUUAUCAAUCGAAAUCCCGUGGAAGACGAAAGCGAUGGAUUCACGAAGCGUACGCGGGCAGACUUUUUGCUUCCGAACAAUAGCAAGAUGGAGGUGACGCUUAAAUUACUCAAGAACGAAAAGGAAGGAGAUUAUCUUAAGGACUUUCUGCAGGUGGCCGGCCAGUGGGCAACGAUCGAUUCGAUCGAUAUCAUUAAGCUUUACGGUAUGACCGUGUGUAAGCCAAUCACGAUGGUGCUAGAAUUCCCGCGUUAUGGCCGAUUGGAUGAGUUUUUGCGAGCACGGCGCACUUCGGUCCGUCCGACGGCACUGAUCGAGAUAGGCCAUUCGCUUGCUCGUGCGCUUUACUAUUUGCAGAAGCAUUCCAUCAUACACGGGCACAUACGAUGUUCGUCGAUGUUGGUGACGCAGUACGACGAUGGGGAACAGCGCGUUCUUGCCAAGCUUGGCGAUCCGGGUAUGCAUGGGCAGCGACCGUUGACCAAGCACGAUCUGCUUUGGAUACCGUACGAGUAUCAGGAUCUUAGCGAGCAGAGUGUUGCCAGCUUGCGGCAAGAUCCGGCCACCGAUGUGUGGGCCUGCACCUCGACGCUGUGGGAAAUAUUUAGCCGAGGUACUAAAAUGCACGUGUACAAGCCGGCGGAGCUCUUGCCGUCUCGGAAAUGGCUUCAGACGAUGCCCCAGGAGCUGAAGGAAUCGAAGCAGAUCUAUGAGUGUUUAAGCUGUGGGUGGCAUCCGGAUCCGGACAAACGACUGGCACCGCAAACAAUCGUGGGACUGUUGGUGCAUGCACGUCAAUUAGACGGAAGCUAUUGCAUGGUAGGAAAUGGGCAUGUAAACGGUCAUUCGACAAGCAACAUGCUUAAUGGAUCUGUCUUCAAAAAUAGUAUCCUGUCUAUGGAAACGAAUUCCACGCUGGUUCGAUCACGCACCGACUGCACCUCUUCAUCGUACGUCAGCAAUGGAAGUGAUAGCGAGCUGCGCAGCAACGCAUCAAGCGGAAGCAGUUCCCUCCCGCUACUCUCAAAUCCCAUCAACCGGUUCAGCGGUGAUUCGUACUACGAAAAAACUUUCGUCAACUGUUCGAACUACAUUGAGCUUAACAGUAGCGAACGCAUCUUCUUCCACAAUAUACUCGGGGAAGGAAAUUAUGGUCGGGUGUAUCGGGGUACGCUCGAGCGUGACAACCAUCCGGCAAGAGCAGUUGCGCUGAAAACGAUCUACGACGAUCGGCCCGAUUUGGGCCGGGUGAAGGAUGAUUUCCGGCGGGAGGUUGACAUUAUGAAGAGUUUGCGGCACAAAAACAUUGUGGAGUUUAUCCGCUUUAUCGAGGAGCAUGAUAAGCUGGUGGUGGUGAUGGAGUAUGUCCCAAUGGGAUCGUUACUGGAUUACAUUGGCUACAAGCGAUGCGAUCUGAAGGAUCCGGACUUACUGUGGAUGGCACGGGAUAUUGCAAAUGGCAUGCACUAUCUCUUUGAGAAGAAGAUCGUCCACCGUGAUCUGGCGGCACGCAACAUUCUGGUGGAAAGUAAAAACUGCGUAAAGAUAUCGGACUUUGGACUGGCACAGGUGACCGAAGGUGGUAACUAUUAUGUUGCACGUCACAGCCGCGAACUUCCGAUCCGCUGGUACGCACCGGAAACGCUCGAAACGCAGAAAUAUUCCUUCCAAUCAGACGUCUGGUCGUUCGGUGUGACGCUGUACGAAAUGUUUACGUUCGGCAACGUGCCGUACGGGCACGUGGACGUCAAAAGUGCGACUCAGUUGUAUCAACUGUUGCAGCGCGACACUAAGAUAUUACAGCUUCCAGAACCAUUUUCCUAUGUAUACGACAAGGUAAUGGCACCCUGCUUUAAGCGAAAUCCGCACGAACGGAUGACGUUUAGCGAACUGCUGGAGGAACUUAACGAUAUGAUAAAUCAGUACGGUGAACCGAUUUAUUGA